AUGACAGCAAGACAGGCUCUGGCGGAAUUGUCCAACCGGGCUCACCAGCCGAGCGACUACGUUCGUGCCAAACCGAGAAUAACAAAAGUCCUGCAAGACCGCACGCUGCGAGCGACCAGCUCACAGCCCAGUUUGAUACCGCAGCGCCGAGCAUUGAAGCACCAGCCCUCAAAAUUGGACAUGCUCGACCAGCGGCUGACGUUUUUUCCUUCGGUCGAUGGCGCGAUGGUGCUGAUUGACGACUAUUUUCCAGCCAAGCCCUCGCCAAUAAUUGACCUUCAGCCCACUCAGCAUUCGUGGCUAUACACCGUUCAGCGAAAACUACGAUGGCGGUGGCGCAUUAACGGGCUGUUUCAUAUGUAA